CAAAUUAGACGCGUGCUUGCCUUCUGCUUCCAUGUCCAGUAAUCCCCGCAGUCCAAACGUGCAGUCGUUCCCUCCUUCCUCUUCUAGACAAUCCUUGCCGAAUUCUUCGAGCACCCAGAGCAAUAAACAAGCCAACAAGCCCGCAGAUUAUGUAUACUUCGACCGGACGACUGCUGGUUUCUCGGACCAGGCACUUCCCAAAGCAAAAGGAGCCCAAAUGAAACUUGAGCACUAUUACAAAGUUGUGGUGGAUGCUGCAAUAGAGAGAAACACCAGGCGUGUAGAGCUCGAACGCCGUCUGCAAAGCGACGUAUUGAUGCCGGAGGAGCGCAAACAACGUCAGUUGCAGCAACUUGGUCGGAAGGAAUCGACUUUCCUUCGGCUACGAAGGACCAAACUCGGGUUGGAUGAUUUUAGAACAGUCAAGGUUAUAGGCAAAGGUGCUUUCGGAGAGGUCAGGCUAGUUCAAAAAACCGACACGGGUAAAAUAUACGCAAUGAAGACGCUCAAGAAGGACGAAAUGUUAAAGAAGGAUCAGCUGGCUCAUGUACGCGCAGAGCGCGAUGUUUUGGCCGAAUCGAAUUCUCCAUGGGUCGUUCAACUCUUUUAUUCAUUUCAAGAUCCUUCAUACCUAUACCUUAUCAUGGAAUUUCUCCCCGGGGGCGACUUGAUGACCAUGCUGAUCAAAUACGAUACUUUCUCCGAAGAUGUCACCCGAUUUUACAUGGCCGAAUGUGUUCUGGCUAUAGAAGCGGUCCAUAAGCUGGGAUUCAUUCAUCGUGAUAUCAAGCCCGAUAACAUUUUGAUCGACAAGGAAGGGCACAUUAAGCUCAGUGAUUUCGGCCUGUCUACGGGCUUUCAUAAACAACACGAUUCCAAUUACUAUCAACGUUUGUUGGAAUCUGCAACUAAAGGACCUCAGACGCCCAACUCUGCUCAAGCUGCAAGGAAUAGUGUCAUGGUGAACUCGAUAAACCUCACGAUCACUAACAAGGAUCAAAUUGCGACCUGGAAAGCCAACAGACGAAAACUGGCCUACUCAACUGUCGGUACCCCAGAUUACAUUGCUCCAGAAAUCUUCCUGCAGAGAGGGUACUCCAAUGAGUGUGACUGGUGGUCCCUGGGGGCCAUCAUGUUCGAGUGUCUGGUCGGAUACCCUCCCUUCUGUUCAGAAUCGACCCAUGAAACAUAUCAGAAAAUCAUGCAAUGGCAACAAUUCCUCAUGUUUCCCGAUGAUGUUCACCUGAGUGAAGAGGCUGAAGAUAUAGUUAGAAGACUAAUCACCGGCGCAGAGCGUCGACUGAACGUCGAUCAGAUUAAGCAGCAUCCGUUCUUCUACGGCGUAGACUGGGAUUCAAUUAGAUCGAUAGAUGCUCCAUUUGUACCUCGACUACGGUCUAUAACAGAUACCUCGUAUUUCCCCACUGACGAGAUUGAACAAGCACCGGAGGAUGCUCCUGCAGAUUCUAGUGAAGCCAGCAAGGACCUAGCUUUCCUCGGAUAUACCUUCAAACGUUUCACCAUAUCUGGUCAUUGAAAACUGCUGCACAAUGAGUGACGAAUUUCACAUUUCUCAUUAACGCUUUGCCAAAUGAGGGGCCAAGGGAUGAGAUCCCUUUUUCUUCUUGCUUAUCUAACGUGUAAUAUAGCGAGUUCACCUACUCGUACCGAAGUCUUAUAAUUAAUGUACUAAUAUCAUCAC